ACAGUCUGUUUCUUACGCGGCCUCUGUGAUAAGUUAUCAUUUCCCUUCCCUUUCGACUUUCUCUAGUUCUUCUUCGUCGUCUUGCACGAUGACACGCACACAUGAUGCCGAUACAUCAGCCACGCCCGACGAGCGACGCGGUUUACUCUUGAAAGUUGAUGACGCUGUCGAACCUGAUGUCGAGCAGCAACCCACUUCCCCUGCCCCCUCACACAAACGCAAGCGUUUUGCUGGAUUCAGUGUUCUCCUCUCGCUUAUUCUUUCUGCCACCCUAUUUGAACUCUGGCCCCGUACUCAAGAUGACACCAGAAUUGGCAGGAACGCAUUGUAUUCGAAUGGAACGCACGAGUUCAAGAAGACAGUGCUUAUGGUGUCGAUCGAUGGUCUUCGUGCGGAUUAUUUGGAUCGUGGACUCACGCCGCAUUUACUAGAUAUCAGUCGGGAAGGUAUAAGGGCAAAGUACAUGAAGCCUAUUUUCCCCACUCUGACGUUUCCAAAUCACUGGGCAUUGAUGACUGGCCUCUACGCUGAGUCACACGGCAUCAUUGCGAACAACUUCUGGGACCCCGUUUUCCAAGACACAUUCCAUUAUGCUCGUGUUGAAUCCGCGCAGAACCCGAGCUGGUGGCUCGGUGAACCUGUGUGGGAAACCGCCGAACGUGCAGGCAUCAUCACCGCAAACCUCAUGUGGCCUGGUCCUUGGUCUACAUCCUCGGGCGUGAACUCUACAUAUUUUCUACCUUGGGAGAAUAAUUACGCUCUCGAGAAGAAACUUUCCAAUCUCUUAGAGUGGGUUGAUCUCCCGCUGGAAGAGCGGCCGCAGCUUAUUCUUGGGUAUGAACCGUCGCUAGACCAAGCUGGCCAUGCAACAGGUCCAAUGUCCAAGGCCGUUAAUAUGAGUCUCGCAGCUAUCGAUCUUUUCGCUCGGAACCUAACCCAAGCACUGGGGGAGCGCAACCUCACUCAUAUUGUUGAUAUCAUUUUCGUCAGUGACCAUGGGAUGAUGGACACCAGCCACCCGACUUGGAUAUAUGUUGACGAGAUUGUUGGUCAGUCGUGGAAAGGUGUUACCAGGGUGGAUGGUUGGCCAUCCAUGGGCUUACGCUUCGCUCCUGGCACGAACGUGACCGAGGCCCUUGAGCGUCUGUGCGAGUACACACUUUCCCACCCGGAUCAGUUCGAUGUGUUCACGACUGAGAGCUUCUCCACCGACCCCGGCACCUCCUUGGUAAACCUCGACGUAUUCAACUACGGUAAGAUGUCUGCAGGCACAGUGGAGCCUAUGCCCGAACGAUACCAUUUCUCCCACAAUUACCGCAUCGCCCCUGUGUGGAUUGUCCCGCGCACAGGCUACGCGCUGACUGACCACACGGACGGCGAAGAUGGAAUGUCAACUGGAAACCACGGCUAUGACAACGAAGACCCGUCGAUGCAUGCCAUUUUUGUCGCACACGGGCCUUUCUCGCAGGGCGCGAAAGCGGCUGUGGUCGCACGAGGAGAGGAUGAUGGCACAGGAGAAUACGUGAUGCCAGGGUUCCAGAAUGUCGAGAUCUACAACCUCGUGAUGCGAUUGCUGGGCCUCGACGCUACAGAUACAGCUACAACCAACGGAACCGCUGGAUUCUGGGAUACAUUUGUCUUGCCAGAUGCUUGAACUUCAUACAUAUUUGGAGUCGAGCUGCUUUAGAUGCUUUAAAUGCUAUUAUUACUCAUCACAUUACUGGAUGUUGAUACCUUCCUGGAUGUGCUACAUAUGCAUUAUAUUUGCUACCCUCCCCGA